AUGUCAGUAUUGUGGACUUUAGUAGCGUGUUUUCUCUACUUGGAAAUUGCAAUCAUCUUUCUCUUUUUGUUAACAUUGAGAAAACCACAGUACUGGCGAACAUUUUUUGGAUGGCGAAUCACAAAGUUCCUCGGUGAACAGUCGACGCUUAUUCUCUACGCCCUCAUUGUCAUUUUAGUUCUCUUUUUCGCUGAAUCAAUUCGAGAGUUUCACAAGUACGGCACUAAAAUUCACACCAACACCAACAAGGGUUACUACGAAGACCAAAUGCGACUUUUCCGAAGUCAAAGAAACUUUUAUAUUUCCGGGUUUUCACUUUUUUCACUUUUUAUCAUCAAGCGACUUGCUGGUUUGCUAGCACGUGAUGUAACAACUCAAAGCCACCAGGACUAA